UCGGCUAUUGGCCAGGCCGGUUCCCAUGAGUCUGUGCGCUGCGGGCGCCGCUGUCACUCGGGGUUUGGCCAAAACGGAGAGAACAUGAAGAUCUGGACGUCGGAGCACGUGUUCGACCACCCGUGGGAAACCGUGACAACGGCCGCCAUGCAGAAAUACCCCAACCCCAUGAAUCCGAACGUGGUGGGCGUGGAUGUGUUGAACCGGACCGUGGAUUCGAACGGCAGGCUACACAGCGACCGGCUCCUGAGCACCGAGUGGGGGAUGCCCUCUCUCGUUAGAUCGAUUAUUGGAGCCACCAGAACAAAUACCUACAUCCAGGAACAUUCCGUGGUGGAUCCGGUCGCAAAAACCAUGGAACUUAAUUCUUCCAAUAUCACAUUCACAAACAUGGUUUCCGUGGACGAAAGACUCGUUUACAAGCCUCACCCCCAGGACCCAGAGAAAACUGUUCUCACUCAGGAAGCCAUCAUUACAGUGAAAGGAGUCAGUCUGAGCAGCUACCUGGAGGGAAUGAUGGCAAAUACCAUCUCUACCAAUGCCAACAAGGGCAGAGACGCGAUGGAAUGGGUCAUCAGCAAGCUGAAUUCUGAGAUUGAGGACCUCAAAGCGUCCACGAGGGGAAGCAUCCGGACGUCCAUGGCAGCGGCAGCCUUCGGAGAGAAAUGAUGCGCGGAGAACGCGCGCCGCUAGUAGAUCUCUAUAGCUAGGAAUAAUACGGAGCUGCAGCUUCUCUCCACGGCUGCUUAUUUAUUCUUAUUUAAGAAUGUAUCUGUAGGUUUUCAAAUUAAAGCUUGGGGGAGAAGCUGCAGCUCCUCGGGAACAAAUUAGUGGAUCAAAGGCUGUCCGCGCAACGAGCUGGACGGCUUUCGGCACCAGACCUACCGUGCUGCACGACGACCUCCAGGCCAACCUCAGACUAAUAAAUGCCCCGGCGUGGAGCUUUUCUCGUAGAGCCCCGGCACCGAUAGCUCCGAGGGACCAGCGCUCAGUAUUCGUGUCUCGCCUCUAGCAAUGUUUCCUGGCAGAAGCUCCAGCAACAGACGUCGACUUUCCAACCUUUUUGAUUCACCGAUGGGUUUUUU